AUGAACAAAACAAAAAUGAAAAAUGGGCGAUGGUUUUUUUACGAAGACCGUUUGGUAACAGAAGAUGUCGAUGAGUGUCGCAAAGGUACACACCAAUGUAACACAAAGGCAAAUUGUAGCAACACACCAGGUUCAUAUAACUGCCAGUGUCAAAUUGGUUACGAAGGAAAUGGAAAGAAAUGCAACGAUGUCGACGAAUGUGAAAAAGGAACGCACAAAUGUGACAAAAAUGCAAAAUGCACCAACACUCCAGGCUCAUUCAACUGUCAGUGUCAACCUGGUUACACAGGAGAAGGACGGAUAUGCGAAGAUGUCGACGAAUGUGAAAAAGGAACGCACAAAUGUGACAAAAAUGCAAAAUGCUUCAACACUCCAGGUUCAUUCAACUGCCAGUGUCAACCUGGUUACACAGGAGAAGGACGAAAAUGCGAAGACAUCGACGAAUGUGAAAAAGGAACGCACAAAUGUGACAAAAAUGCAAAAUGCACCAACACUCCAGGCUCAUUCAACUGUCAGUGUCAACCUGGUCACACAGGAGAAGGACGGAUAUGCGAAGAUGUCGACGAAUGUGAAAAAAGAUCGCACAAAUGUGACAAAAAUGCAAAAUGCACCAACACUCGGGGCUCAUUCAACUGUCAGUGUCAACCUGGUUACACAGGAGAAGGACGGAUAUGCGAAGAUGUCGACGAAUGUGAAAAAAGAUCGCACAAAUGUGACAAAAAUGCAAAAUGCACCAACACUCCAGGCUCAUUCAACUGUCAGUGUCAACCUGGUUACAUAGGAGAAGGACGGAUAUGCGAAGAUGUCGACGAAUGUGAAAAAAGAUCGCACAAAUGUGACAAAAAUGCAAAAUGCACCAACACUCCAGGCUCAUUCAACUGUCAGUGUCAACCUGGUUACAUAGGAGAAGGACGGAUAUGCGAAGAUGUCAACGAAUGUGAAAAAGGAACGCACAAAUGUGACAAAAAUGCAAAAUGCUUCAACACUCCAGGUUCAUUCAACUGCCAGUGUCAACCUGGUUACACAGGAGAAGGACGAAAAUGCGAAGCUAAUAAAUGCCCUCUUGGGUGGGAGACUUUCGAUGGACUCUGCUUUUAUAUCAGCAAUGGCGUUGCGAUACCAUGGAAUAAUGCGAAAGAAAACUGUCGUCAGCGUGGCGGUCAUUUGGCAGUUCCAAACAACACGAAUAUGAAUAAUUAUCUAUAUCAGGCUAUGAGACAACAUAACUUCAACGCGGCGUGGAUUGGUAUGUACCGAAAACCUGCAAGUAUCUUUUACACAGUGAGAGAUGAGGAGAUCUCCUAUGAAAACUGGAACACAGGGGAGCCUAACAAUGCUGGCGGGCAUGAAAACUGCGUGGAAAUGUUGAACGGAGCAACAGGGAAAUGGAAUGAUUUGCCAUGUUCGAUCAGUCGUCAUUACUUCUGUCAGCGGCAACUGUGA